ACACUCGACAACGCUUGGGCCCCGAACUUCCCAGGCCAAGUCUCUCUCUGGCUCGGUGCUAUCCAUGAGGACAUAUGCCCGCAUCAGUCCCUCGAUCGCGGCUCUGCAGGCUCUAACUCCUUAGCAAGAAGACAACCUCUGAGCACGAGCACUUGAGACACUCCACAAUGCCGAAACAUUUGGUGGUGGUCAUCGGCGCCGGCGUCAUCGGCCUCAGCUGCGCCGUCCUUCUUCAGGAAGCCGGCUAUGCCGUGACCAUUGUCGCUCGGGAUUUCCCCGGCCCCUUUGAGACGACGGACCCGACCGCCAAGAUCAACUUCACCUCUCCCUGGGGAGGAGCCCACAACCGCUGGGUUCCCCCGCACCCGUCUCUUCCCUCCCACCUCGAGCGGGACCAUCGCUUCUCGCUGCGUACCUACGCCCGUAUGAAGCAGCUCCAUGACGCCCAACCGGGCACGGCGGGCAUCACCUUCCUCAAGGGCAUCGAGUACCUGGAGCGCCCGGGGCCUGAAUACCUCGCCCUCUCGCCGUCGGGCAUCCCAGCCUCCUCCUCCUCCUCCUCCUCCGCCGACCCGCUGCCGGGCCUGCCGGGAUUCCGCCUCCUCUCGCCCUCCGAGUUCCCCGCCGACGGUCGCGUGACCUGGGGUUGCGAGUACGACACCUGGUGCGUCAACCCCAUGGUCUACUGCUCCUUCCUCCUGCGCCGCUUCGUCCGCCGCGGCGGCAGGCUCCUCGCGCGCGAGCUGCAGCGGCCCGAGGAGGUCUUCUCCCUCUCCCGCGCCGAGCUCGGACUGCCUCCGCUCCCGGCGAGAGGGGGCGAGAGCAACAGCAGCAGCAGCAGCAGCAGCAACAGCAGAGGUAAUGAUGGUGAGAGCGUCGUAGCGGCGGUCGUGAACGCGUCGGGGACGGGGCUCGUGCCGGACCCGCACAUGACAAUGACGCGGGGGCAGACAUGCCUGGUGGCCGAGGACUGCGACGCGACGGUGACGAGGCAGAACGCGGACGGGAGCUGGACCUUUUGCGUGCCGCGCGGGUUCGACGGCGGCACCAUCGUGGGCGGGACCAAGGAGCCCGGCAACUGGGAUCCCCGGCCGUCCGCCGAGGUCAGGGCCGAGCUGCUCCGCCGCUUCGCCGAGACGUACCCCAAGAUCCUGGGCGGCAAGGCCGAGCUGACGGUGCUGAGGGACAUUGUCGGGCGGCGGCCCACCAGGGACGGCGGACCGAGGGUCGAGGGCGAGGUCAUCCCCGGCGCCGGCUUCGUCAUGCACGCCUACGGGCUCGGAGGGAGGGGAUACGAGUUGUCGUGGGGUGUUGCCGAAGCCGUGGUCGAGGCUGUCGACAAGCACGUACAGAAAAAGGAGGCCGGUGCGAGGUUGUAAGCGUGACAUGCAUACAAACAUAUAUAUAUAUAUAUACAUUUAGAGUAGUUUUACAAGUACAGAGUCGCGUGACAUCGCCGCUUUACACACCAAUCCUAUCUCCCUGCGCCCUUCUCUCUUGGGGUCUGGGGCGAACCCAAACGUCACUCACUCCCCAUCCGUAUAACAGACACGGCCGGAUCUAUCUAACUUGGGCAGCUUCUCAUCACCAUGUAAAGAGGUGC